AUGGCUGCAAUUAGCAUCUCAGAGCAGGCCCAAGGGGGCAGCAUACCCUUUGACAUCGAUAAGUCAGCUGCAGUGAUCAGCAACGACCCCGCCAAGAUCUACGAAGAGUACCGAUAUCUUCGAAAAGAGUGUCCCCUGAUUCACACCAGUCAGUAUGGGGGAUACUGGCUUCUCACGCGGUAUAAUGACGUUAAACGAGCAGCUUUGGAUUCAGAGACGUAUAUAUCGAGUGUCAGGGCAGUUGUACCAAGCGAUCCUAGAGGCAUCCGAAGACCGCCUUUGAACUUUGAUGCACCAGCUCAUACCCCCUUCCGAACUGCGCUUGAACACACAGUGAAGCCAGCUCGACUGAGACGACUGCGGGAGCCAUUGCAGCGGCAUGCGGAAGCGGAGCUCGCUCCUCUGCUAGCCCGCGGCCGUGGAGACAUCAGUGCCGAGUUUGCAGCCAACUUUGUUGCCCGCAUGGAAUCCGAAUGGUUGAAUCUCGAGCCCGAUGUUGCUCCAAAGUUGGCCAUCACUGCCGCAAGUUGGCUCAAUGCUUGGAGAAUGCAGGACGGCGAGACGGUCACGACAAACUCACAGAAAAUGUAUCAAAUCGCGCAAGAACUCCUUGCCGACCGACGGAUACAUCCAAGGGACCCAGAAGAAGACCCAGCGUCUUCAUUGCUUCUAGAGAGAGAUGCUGAGGGUCAUCCUUUGAAGGAGGAACAUCUCAUCGGUUGCCUCCGACAAUCUUUGGUGGUGGGUGUUGUCGCGCCCCCCAUUCUCAUCGGCUCCAUAUGCAACCACCUUUCCAAAGACAAAGAUUUGCAGAACAGAUUUAGGGAGGAUGAGUCCCUCAUACCAGCCGCACUUGAGGAGUUCUUGCGACUCUACAGCCCAUACCGGGGCUUUGCGAGGACAACUUCAAAGGAAGUCUGUCUUCAUGGUAAAACGAUACAUCCGAAAGAGCCAAUCACCCUGUGCUAUACAGCAGCCAAUCGUGACCCAGAGGUCUUUGAGAAUCCCGACGAUUUCAUUCUUCACAGAGAGAACAUUGCAUCGCACAUGGGAUUCGGAAGGGGAAGACAUAGAUGUGCAGGCAUGCCACUUGCAAGAUUGGCUCUUGACAUUGUCCUCCGCGUGAUACUUCAAAACACAAAAGACUUUGAGGUGAACGAACUCUCCGAUUUAACCCCUCGGUUCCUCGACAGCAGCCUACAUAUGUUCUUCACCAAGUUCGUACCUAUACUUCCGAUCAUUCACCGCCCCACAUUCGUGUACCGGGACUGCUCAGCUCCACUCCUCUUGAACGCGAUUGCUCUUGGUUCUCUGUUCCUCGGGACAGAAGACGCUACAGUAAAAGGUGAAGCACUGUGGAGGCUUGCGUACACAGCGAUUGCGACCUCAUGGCCCGAGAUGACCAGUCAUAAAAGAGAGCAUGACGCGUGCAGUGGAGUUGAGCUCGUUCUCACGGCGUUAUUGAGUCAAAUCUAUGCAGCUCUGUCGAGAAACCGGACGUUGAGAAUGACUAGUCAGACUUUCUACGGCCUCAGCAUGCAUUGGGCGCAGUACUGUGGGAUGUACGACCUCGUGCCUUAUCGACAAGCCUUGCCACAGGCUCAUGACCCCAUCGAGACCAAAAUGCAUGCUUGGAGAUCAUGGGCGGCGAGGGAGACGCAAUUGAGAACGCUGCUUGGCCUGUGCAUCAUUGACGGCGUGGUCUCGCAAUUCAGCGGAAACCUUGUCAACACCUGGUCAGCGACAAACUCGCUGCCGCUAUCUGCGGACGAAGACGCCUUUGCUGCUGAGACGGUAGAUGAGUGGAUCGAUGUGAUGGUAUCUCGCGGCCACAACACGGGUAGUGGACCAGAUCGGUUCUCCGACCUCUAUCACUCACUCGUCCCUGACGGAACACACAUGGGCCCAGUCUAUUGCUUGCCGGGCCUGCUCAACAUUAGGAUUCUCCUUGAAAUACUGGCCUCACUUACAAAUGACUUCGAAAGAUUGAACAAGGGUUCGCAGGCACAGGUUGCGCAAAAGCUUGGGGCCGUGAAAGCAUUGGUAACUCUGCGGACCCAUCUGGCUCAAAGCACGACCUUAUCGGCAGCAGACAAGACCAUUGGGCUACUGCGAUGGCAUGCGGUCUGCCUCGACCUAGUUGUCAGUACUGCUCGUGGAGCGAGAAGGAUGUGUUACCACUACAACAUCACACAGCACAUCUUUGGGGGAAAGAAGCGCGAAGAGCCAAGCAGGAUAGACCCAAACGCCUGGACGCAGGGUCUUAGAGCGAGGAAAUGUUUGCUUCAUGCCAUGGAGAUCCACAAGAUUGCAUCCGAGAUACCUCUCGGUAUCAUUCACGACACAUGUCUACCUGGGGCGUUGUUUGCAGCAGCCACGACUUUCAGCUCAUUCGCCCUUCCCGGGCUGUCGAAGGUUCUAGUUCCUCCCUCCGUGGACUGGAGUAUGGUUAUUCUACAAGGCCUAGAUGACACCGGACAAAAUACGACGUCUUCGACGGCUGAUUUAUCGAAAGACACGCUGGCUUUUUUGACGAAUGACGUCAAUCCUCAAUCCCCAGGAUGGAUCGCUCGGAAUUUGGUGUAUGAGCUGAGCGCAAUUCGGAUACUGCUGCAUAGUCUUUCCCAACACUGGGGCGUCACGCGAGAGAUGGAAGAGGUGGUUGGAGCAUGGGAAGCCCGGUGUAGUUGA